GAAAGUUAAACAAUCUAUAAGUAGUCGAAGGUUAGUAUUAUUUUUUCUAUAUGUUCUUUCUUACACAUUACCAGCAACCUAAAUUUCUUUACUUCUAAUUAGAAACUUGCAAAACUAUACAUGGCUUCCAAUUCCAAAUCCCAACCGUUACAUUUUGUCUUGUUUCCAUUUAUGGCACAAGGCCACAUGAUUCCCAUGAUAGACAUAGCCAAACUGCUAGCUCAACAUGGCAUGAUAGUUACUAUAAUCACAACACCCCUUAACGCGAAACGUUUCGAACCCACAAUUUCUCGAGCUGUAAACUCCGGCCUUCAAAUUCGCCUCAUCGAGCUUGAAUUUCCAGCAGAAGCAGCCGGGUUACCUAAAGAUUGUGAGAAUUGUGACAUGCUUCCUUCAUUAGGCUUAGGUUCUAAAUUCUUCUAUGCCUCAUAUCGGCUACAAGAACAUGUAGAAAGAUUACUUGAAGAACAAGUUACUCCAAAGCCUGAUUGUAUAAUUUCUGAUAUGUGUUUACCUUACACAGCUCAAGUUGCUACCAAGCUUGGUGUUCCAAGAAUUGCCUUCAAUGGCUUUUGUUGCUUUUGCAUGCUAUGCAUGCACAAUAUAUACAACUCUAAGGUUCUUGAAAACAUAAAAUCCGAUUCAGAAUACUUUGUUAUUCCUGAGUUGCCUCAUCAUAUUGAAUUAACCAAAGAUCAGCUUCCGGCAGCAAUGGUUGACGACGGUGGUUUCGGUCAGCGAGUUGCGGAGGCUGAAACGGCGACGUACGGCAUGAUUAUCAACUCUUUCGAAGAAAUGGAAUCUGCUUAUGUGCAAGAAUACAAAAAGGUAAGAAAAAAUAAGGUUUGGUGCGUCGGUCCGGUUUCACUAAGUAAUAAAGACAAACCAGAUAAGAUUGAGAGAGGAGAUAAAGCCUCAAUUCAAGUAUCCGAAUGCAUGAAUUUUCUUGAAUCACAAAACCCUAAUUCUGUAUUAUAUGUCUGUUUUGGCAGUCUUUGUAACUUAAUAACUAGUCAAUUAAUAGAGCUUGCUUUAGGGUUAGAAGCUUCAAAAAAACCCUUCAUUUGGGUUUUAGGUAGAGAAAAGGGUUUAAACUUUAAAGAAAUAGAAAAAUGGAUAAAAGAAAAUAAUUUUGAGGAGAGAAUUAAAGGAAAAGGACUUAUAAUUAGAGGGUGGGCCCCACAAGUAGUAAUUUUAUCACAUUCAUCAAUUGGAGGAUUUUUAACACAUUGUGGUUGGAAUUCAACACUAGAAGGAAUAAGUGCCGGCAUACCAAUGGUGACAUGGCCACUUUUUGCUGACCAAUUUUGCAAUGAAAGAUUGGUUGUUGACGUGUUAAAAAUUGGGGUGAAAGUUGGUGCAGAAGUUACCAUCAGAUGGGGUGAAGAAGAGAAGAUUGGAGUGGUGGUAAAAAGUGAAAAUGUUAAAAAAGUUAUUGAAAAAUUGAUGGAUGAAGAAGAAGAUAGUGAAGAAAGAAGAAGAAGAGCUAUAGAACUUAGCAAAUUGGCAAGAGAGGCAAUAGCAGAAAAUGGUUCUUCUUAUCUUAACAUGAAAUUGCUUAUUCAAGAUAUUAUGCACCACAAAGUGUAAUAUAUAUUUUCUUUAAAUAUCAUAGCUCUAAUAUUUUUUAUUCGGGUGCGAUUUUUUUUAAAAAAAAUCUUGAUUGUAUUUUAUUUUCAUGACAUU